CUUAUUUCACCUGAAAUCAGUUGUUGUCGUUUUCAGUUCUGCUCAUAUUUCAAAUACUGUAUGUGUUUACGUGUUUAUGUUUGUCUUCAUAAAAAGUGAGAGAAUACAUGUCCUGUUUUUCCCUUCUUCAUCUUAUCCAUCUCAUUGCUCUUUUUUUUCAGCAAGUUUCUGAGCAUCAGUAAAAAAAUAAGAGAUCGUCGUGCAACAGAAAGCGUGGCGUCAAAUUUUUUUAAUUUUAAGCACAUAAUGUGAAAAAAUCGAUGUUAUGAUUGAUCCAAACAAAUAAACCACAAAGAACAACUCCCACUUUUUUGUUGAAGAAAUUGACCGGAAUGAUGAGCCAAAAAAAUCAUACAAAUCUUGUUGAUACAACAGAAACUAUGAUAACAAAUAAUAGUGAUGAUAUGAAUAAGAAUAAUGUGCCAAAAAUUCAUCCAAAUCUACCGCCACCACCAUCAUCAUCAUUAUCAUUAGCGACAAUUUCCCAACAUUCAUUCAGGAACAAUAUGAAUGAAACUGGAGAUGUUCAAGUUGGAAUAUCGAAAUUGAAAUUCAGUUAUGAAGCAUUUGACAAACAAGACGACGAUGUUGAUGAUGACGAUGAUGAUGAUGAAAUAAUAAUCGAUAAUAAUGGAAAAGUGAUGUUUUGUCAUGAAAAUGAAUGUUUUCUAGUCCCGUCCAAUACAACAGCAGUGAUUCCCAAUCUGAACGAAGCAAAUGUUUCAUCCAUUCAAACCAAUCAUGCAUCAUCAUCAUCAACAUCUCUUUUAGAUGAUGACAUGGGUGGUGGUGGUGGUGGUAAUGGUGGUCUUUAUCAUCAUCAAAAUUAUUCAACAUAUAAACAUGGCAAAAAGCUGUAUAAACAAUUUGACAUAUCCACUAUAUCGUCACCAACAACUGGAGAUUUGUUUGCAGAUAUCGAUGACAAUGCCGUAUCAUCACAUUAUGAGGAUUUUCAAACAAUCGAUUGGCAACGUGACAUUGCCCGUGAUCGUAAUCGCCAUCGUUACAUUGUCCGUGCGAAAGAUAAUUCUUAUUGUUCAUUAUUGAAAUCAACACACGAUGCAUGGGCUGGUUGGCUUUGUGUAUUAAUGGUGGGAAUCUUAUCUGGUUUUGUUGCCGGCAUCAUUGAUAUUGGUGCCGGUUGGAUGAAAGAUCUCAAAGAUGGCCUUUGUCCCGAUGUUUUCUAUUUGAAUCGUGAACAAUGUUGCUGGUCGGAUAAUAGUUCGGAAUUUGAAGAUAGUAUAUGGAGUGGUCAUUGUGAUCAAUGGAAAACAUGGCCAGAAUUAUUGGGACUUAGUCAACAACAUUUUCCCAUAUUCAGCUAUAUUGUGUCGUAUUUUUUCUACGUUUUUUGGGCAUUAUUUUUCUCAUUCUUGGCCACCAGUUUCGUUCGUACAUUUGCUCCGUAUGCAUGUGGUUCUGGUAUACCGGAAAUCAAAACAAUAUUGUCUGGUUUCAUCAUACACGGUUAUCUUGGCAGUUGGACAUUGACAGUCAAAUCGAUCGGCAUGAUGUUGACGGUUGCGGCUGGUUUAUCGCUUGGAAAAGAAGGACCGCUUGUGCAUUGUAGUUGUUGUAUCGGUAAUAUAAUAUCCAGAUUUUUCGAUAAAUAUGGCAAAAAUGAAGCGAAAAAGCGUGAAAUACUUUCUGCUGCAUCAGCCGCUGGUGUAUCGGUUGCAUUCGGUGCUCCUAUCGGUGGUGUAUUGUUUUCGCUUGAAGAAGUCAGUUAUUACUUCCCAUUGAAAACAUUAUGGAGAAGUUUUUUCUGUGCAUUGGUUGCCGCAUUCGUUUUACGGCUAAUCAAUCCAUUUCGAAAUGAACAUUUGGUCAUGUUCUAUAUUGAUUAUGCAAGACCAUGGAUAUUUUUCGAACUAAUCGUAUUCGUCAUGUUGGGUGUGAUUGGUGGCGUCAUUGGCAAUAUAUUCAUCAAAUCCAAUCUAAAGUGGUGCCAACGACGAAAAUAUACUCGUCUGGGACAAUAUCCAAUGUGGGAAGUGAUGACCGUCACAUUGAUCACGGCAAUGAUUGCUUAUCCCAAUCCAUAUACACGUAUGAAUUCCUCGGAUUUGAUUAAAUUAUUAUUCAGUUCAUGUGGUAUUGCCGAUGAAACUCCUUUAUGCGAUUAUUAUCGUAAUUAUACCAAUGUUAAUCAACAUGCCCAAAUCGCCCAGGCUGGACCCGGCGUUUAUACAUCGGUCGCCCAAUUAUUUGCCGCAUUGAUUUUCAAACUCAUCAUUACGAUAUUUACGUUUGGUAUAAAAGUUCCGGCCGGUCUAUUCAUUCCUUCAUUGGCUAUGGGCGCCAUCAUUGGUCGUAUCGUUGGCAUUACAAUGGAACAGAUUGCCUAUAAUUAUCCCAAGUGGUGGUUCUUUCAGGAUGCUUGUUCCAAUCUGGGUGAAAGUUGUAUGAGUCCAGGUUUAUACGCAGUGGUUGGCGCUGCUGCCGUAUUGGGUGGUGUAACGCGAAUGACCGUUUCAUUAGUGGUGAUAAUGUUCGAAUUGACUGGAAAUGUCAAUUUUAUCGUGCCAUUGAUGGCGGCUAUAAUGACUUCGAAAUGGGUUGGUGAUGCAUUGGGCAAGCAAGGUGUUUAUGAUGCACAUAUCAGUUUGAAUGGUUAUCCAUUCCUGGAUAAUAAAGAAGAAUUUCCCUACACCACAACGGCAUUGGAUUCAAUGCGACCUAAGCUAGGUGAUCUACCAUUAGCCGUGUUGACUGAAGAUACAACCACUGUUGGUCAAGUAUAUCAAUUAUUACGAUCCAACAAUCAUACCGGCUUUCCUGUGGUCGUAUCCGAACAAAAUAAGUACCUGGUCGGUUUCGUUACACGUCACGAUCUGAAUGUUGCAUUGAAUCAAGCCCGUAAAAAUGAACAAGUAUUCGAGGAUUCCAUUGUUUAUUUUCGUAAUUUUACGGCCGAUGAAGAGACACGUUUCAAACAAUAUCGUCAUGAUGUUCGUUCUUCUCAAUCAUCUUCAUUGGCACCAUUAAAUUUUCGACGAAUUCUCGAUCUAGCACCAAUCACCGUUACAGAUCAAACACCAAUGGAAACAAUUAUCGAUAUGUUCCGCAAACUUGGCCUACGACAAGUUUUAGUCACACAUAAUGGCAUCCUUUUGGGCAUCAUAACCAAAAAAGAUAUACUUUUACAUAUUAAAGAAUGUGAAGAUAUUCGUAAGCUGGAAAAUAUAUCAUCAUCAAAAGGCUUGACAUCGUUUCUAAGAUGAUUGUCAUUUUAAACAAUCCGAUUUUAUCAAUCCCUUGUUAUUUAUUCACUGUUUGUUUAUUUGUUUCCAAUCAAUUUUCUUUCUCAUGAUUUCAUCAAUGUUUGAUCAUUUGGAUGGUAAAAUUG